AUGCCACGCUGUCUAAUGGCCAAAAAAUGGAAAGCUUAUCCUUGGCCCGAUCGUGCUGAGGAUAAGAACUCCAGCAAUAGCAAUUCAUCGUCGAGCAGUUGCGAUAGCAUUGCAAGCUUGCCCGAAAUUAGUAUACAAUUGGUGGAAAAGAAAGUGGAGCCGAAAUCAAGACGUUCCACAAUCGAUGAAGAUGAAGAGAUCGAUGUUGUCGGCGAUAAUGUUUUGGCUAAUGCAGCCACGGCUACGGUAAUCAUCAAAUCAGGCGAUUUGAAAUCAUCAUCCGCAUCUUCGUCAUCAUCGCCAGCAAACCAAAGCAAUGAAACAUCAACUGGAACGGCAACAUGUUGGGGUCCAUCAUCGCCAACGGCUGGUGCAACAGCACCUAGUCCACCGCCUCAUUCGCCAGAAGCAGCUACACGUGGUACCACAACAUUGUAUAAUGGUUACAAUCAUGAGGUACCCAACGCUUUACAUUACACUGCGUACCUGCCUCGUUUGGAAAAUGAAGUUACCGUCAUCACAAGCACCUCCAACAUGCAACAGCAGCAGCAACAAUCGCAUCAGCAUCCAUUCAAUUAUCAAACACCUCCGCCCUCGAAUGCAUCUUCGCCGUCAUCAUCACCCUCCAGCCGCAGCAGCAGUAUAUCUUGUGAACGUCUUAGUCCGCCCAUAAUUCGCAUUAAAACCGAAUCUCAAGAUGAUGUGGAUUCAAGCAGUACGGAGUCACGAAAAUGCUAUAGCAGUACUGGAGCAGCCCUGUCGCUACCGCCCAAAAAGAAAGACAUUUACCGGCCGUAUUCCCUGGACGAUAGACCUUCGACAGAACGUCUGCGUCUGCGAGUGCCAGCUGAGGAAGAUUUGCAUGCUGCCCAUGCCAUUCUUGAUUUAAGCGCCUCAACCGCCUUCCAUCCGCCAACACAGCCUCAUCAAUUGCAGCAGAUCCACCAUGCCCAUCAUCAACACCUGAGCCAUCACCAGCCUUUGCAUCCGUUGCAUCACAUUACCCAGGCCAUACAAUUGCAGCAGCAGCAGCAACAACAACAACAGCAGUCAGCACAACCUUCAAUAGCUGAUUUGGCUGCUGCAGCCAUUGUGGCCAAUGAACAACGUCCCCGUUCCAAUUCUUCCAUGCACAGCAUGCAAAGUAAUUCGGACAGUGAACGCCAGCCCAGUUCACCCGCCAGUUCAGUGCAGAAUGAAAACAACAACACUACAAAUCAGUUUCCUACAACAACCAGCGGGGCGACAAGCAAAACAGUGGCCUACACCUAUGAAGCGUUCUUUGUGAGCGACGGUCGUUCCAAGCGAAAGAAUAUUACCGAUCCGGUAGUAGCCUUACAGCAGGAACAGCAAAAGGCCAAGUACACCUGCAGCGAGUGUGGCAAACAAUAUGCCACCUCGAGCAACUUGUCACGCCACAAACAAACUCACAGAUCGUUGGACUCGCAAUCGGCCAAGAAGUGUCACACCUGUGGCAAGGCGUAUGUCUCCAUGCCCGCCCUGGCCAUGCAUGUCUUGACGCACAAGCUCUCCCACAGUUGUGGUGUGUGCGGUAAACUAUUCUCCCGUCCUUGGUUACUGCAGGGCCAUUUACGUUCGCACACUGGCGAAAAGCCCUACGGCUGUGCCCACUGCGGCAAAGCCUUUGCAGAUCGUUCCAACCUAAGGGCUCACAUGCAGACGCACUCAAUCGACAAGAAUUUCGAAUGCAAACGCUGCCACAAAUCAUUCGCACUGAAAUCGUACCUCAACAAGCACUUGGAGUCGGCGUGCCUAAAGGAUGAGGCGGAUAUGCAGUUCGACAGCACCAGUGACAGUGGUGGCAUGACUUCUCCUACUCCUACUGAGGACUACAAUCCUCCCAACUAUCACCAGCAACAACAACCGGCACAAAAUUCUUUUAAGAUAAGUCACAUACCACAGCCAGUGCCAGCAGCGGCUGUGGUAAAAGUAGAGGCCACAUUUGCGGGUUAAAAGCCGCAAGAAAGGUAACAGAAUAUUGUAAGUAGUUUUAAAACACAA